UACUCAUCCCCUCUUGCACCUGAAGACUUUGGAGGAAUGUAAAGAGAUUCCACAAAACCAAAGAACAAAACACUUUAGAUUUCAUUUCGAUCAUUAUUCCUCAGUUUUUUUUUUGUUUAAUCGAAUCUUUUUUUCUCAACUACUAUAGUUUUUUUGGUCUUCCGUUAUUUAUAUCAUUGAACGUGCAACAAGAUCAUAUGUUUCUGAUGCAAACCUGCCAAUUCGAGUCACUCUUGUUUGUUCUUUGAUGGAUAACAUUAACUACGAAUCCUCAAACGCUUCACAAGGAAGCAGACUUCAGCUGCCGCCGCAUCCGCAACCGCCCCAGCCGUUUAAUCUACAAGACGUGAAUAUGAUCCAUUACAAUCAAUCAUCUCCAUUGACUAUUGAAACGUUCUCGGGUUUACCUCCAUAUGAUUGCACAGCAAAUCAAUCACUCCCCGUACAGUGUUCAUCUUCAAAUCCAUACCCGCCCUUGUUUCAUCCGUGCCAUCAUCAAGCUUCGGCUUCUCUAUCGUUAGACCAAUCCCAGUCGAUGGUUCCUAUGCAACCUCUUCAGGAUCAUCACUAUCUAAAGCCAUUAUAUCAAAGAUCAUGCGCGAAUGAUUUUUCCGCAACAAAUGCUUCAUCAGCCUCGUACUCUCUUUCUUUUGAAGCAAGUCAAGAUCCACAAGAACUAUGCAGGAGGACCUAUAGUAAUUCUAAUGUAACACAACUGAAUUUCUCAUCAUCACAUCAUCAACCUAAGCAAACACUUUCAAGAUUUUCAUCUCAUUCUUCCUUCUCAACCCAUGGAGGAUUCAUGGCUUCUAACAGUGGGGCGGUUAUCGGGAACAAGACACGGAUAAGGUGGACUCAAGAUCUUCAUGAUAAGUUUGUGGAGUGCGUUAAUCUCCUUGGUGGUGCUGAUAAGGCAACGCCCAAAGCAAUAUUGAAGCUGAUGGAUUCUGAAGGACUCACAAUAUUUCAUGUUAAAAGCCACUUACAGAAGUAUAGGAUUGCAAAAUACAUCCCUGACUCUCAAGAAGGCAAGUUUGAGAAGAUAAAUUGUUCCAAAGAGCUACUUGACACAAAAACUGGAGCGCAUAUAAAAGAGGCACUCCAGCUUCAACUAGACGUUCAGAGGCAUCUUCAUGAGCAACUAGAGAUUCAACGAAACCUACAACUGAGAAUUGAAGAGCAAGGGAAACAACUAAAAAUAAUGAUAGAGCAACAACAAAAGACAAAAGAAUGUCUUCUGAAGACACCAAACGCCGAAGUAUCAUUGUCUCACUCCGAUUCCGAUCACUCUAUCCUCCGCCAAUCUCAGUACAAGAAGCCGAAGCCCUGCUGCUCACAAGAUAUGGAGACAGUCAACUCCAAUCAAAGAUAAGUUGAACAGUGAGAGAUUGGCUAAAUAGAAAAGGCGUAAAGCCUGUUUUUACUCUAUUCAAAGUGGUGUAAAGUCAUAAGAGUCGCGAAAAGAGAAUGUCGAAAGUGCUACUACACACACUAACACUUGUACACAGAAUCAGGUACUCAAUGUGUGCAAGUGGUGUGUGAUGGAUCAUAGACUAUAGAUGUGUGAGAUUAUUCCAAAUUAAAUAUUUGUUUUUAAAAACUCGCACAAAGAGGUAGCUUCUUAAAUUAGUAACGCUACUUUUGACACUGUGCAUGAACACGUUUUAUUCUUUUUUUCCUUUCCUUUCAAUAUAUUCAUUCCACUUCAAAGUUCGAA